AUGUCAGUAUCUCUGAAGGCAAAUGUUAAUGAAGUUACAGAGGUAGGAGGCUUAGUGAAUGGCUUGGGCGAGCAGAAAGCUAGCGAAGAACGCAAUUCCACUGCUGAGCAUUCUCCGGCCAGCUCAGCGAAACCUCCUCGAGCAACUUUGGAACAGCGAUUGAUGGUUCUUGACUACUACCAUCGCAGCAAAAUGUCACAAGCACAGAUAGUAGAAAAGUUUAAGGACCAUAUAUCCAUAUCCGGCUCCACCCUUAGCGAAUGGGUGAAGAGAGAAGCAGAGUUUAGAGCUAGAUAUAGUGAGUUGCAACGCAAAAAUCUCGCCAAUGCUGGGGUAGAAAAGAGAAAGAGCCGAUUCAAAUAUCAGAAGAUGAAUGAGCUGAUGGAUGAUUUCGUGCAGAAAAUGAAACUUGCUGAUAGGCCAAUUUCCGAGCCUCUGCUGAGGGAGCAUUGGCGUCGCUGCGCAACGGAAAUUGGUAUGAAGGAUCGCAAAAGACUAGAUUCAUUCAGUAAUGGGUGGCUAACGCAUUUCAAAAGACGUCACAAUCUAUCAAAACAUAAUUCUCCCAAAACCAAUGACGAUUCUGCCUCAAGUAAAAAUUCGAGUGUCACCAACACGCCAAAUAAUGCCGACAAUAUUCAGCUACGGAAAGAAACAAGCUCCAGUAGUAUGUGUGAUAUAUUUGGAUAUGUGAAUGAUUCUCAGUAUCUAGUUCAAGGCUAUGAUGAAAAGAUGGAUACGCGUCAAGCACAAUUCCAAUCUCGCGAUGCACCUUUGAAGCCUGAAAUGAAGACGAAUGCAUAUUCUGGCAACGACAUUCUAUCAACAUUACGAAAGAGUGGGCAGUCACCGAUUUCGUCUACGCAUAUUAAUCGAAAUGAUAUAGUCGACCAAAAUUUGAGCCAAUCAGAGCGGCCAGCAAUUGUCAAGACAAAUACUGCCUCGAGUGACACAAAUAGGCAGCAAGAUAAUUUCAUCAAUCAAAUUUCUAAUACUCAGCAACCCGUUCUCCUUUCACAGAAUGAUAAGAUAAACGGUCAAGAGACAACAAUUAAUGAACUCGAAUUCGAGAGGUUUUUGUCGCGAUACGCCUUUGAAUUCCUUUUGAAUAAUCGAGAUAAAUACCCAUCAACUUAUCUGGUAUUCGAAAACAUGCGAGAGACUUUUCGCAGAGAGCUAGAAAUGCAUGCGGACGAAAGAUUGAGGCGCAUUUUCAUGCAGCCCUGA